UUGCACCCAGACAGCAACCCGUCAAACCCGCAGCUGCACAGCCAGUUUGUGGAGCUGAACGAAGCCUACAGAGUGCUGAGCAAAGAGCUGAGCAGGAAGGAAUAUGACCUUAAGCUCCAGCAUCCAUACCAGGGGGGGCAGGCCUUCAGAUCAACAUCUGGUCACACAGUAUACAGAAGCACUACUACUAACGACAACGUUCGCUACUGGGAGCAGUUUCGUCAUGCCCAGUCUCCAGAGGCGACUGCAGAGGAGGGGAAGCAGAAGAGGAAGAGGAACUUCAGGCUGGUGAUUUACUGUGUCAUCACGAUGGUACUCAGUCUGGGAGCGCAUGCGGUCUUCUUUAGGAAACUGGAAGAAGUUCACAAUAGCUUCAUGGACGAGAAAGACAGAGCCAUCACAGAAAUCUACAACGAAGCCAAAGAGAGAGCCAGGGUCAACGGUUUCAAGAAGCAGACAGAAAUCCUGCGGCAGAAGCACGCUGACUUUCAGGAGAAAGUGAUCAUGAAUAAGGGCGGACCGGAGAAGUAGGAGCGUCUCCUCUUGCGCUCUCCUGCAGAAUGAAAACGUGGAGGAACUCGCUUUAGUUGUGCGACUGGUAGAGGUUAUUUUUCCAGAUUUCUGCUGGAACUUGGAUGAGAUCCUGGCUUAGCGGGUCAGGAUGGGGAUGUGGGAUACUUUCCUUUGGCCACAUAUGUGUUGCUGCUACAACACGCUCAAGUAUACAGUGCCUUGCAAAUCUACUCAAACCCCCUUCAACUUUUACCCGUUUUGUCACGUUACAAACACAAAAUUGAGUGUGUUUUACUGAGAUUCCAUGUUAUGAUUGAUUAACACGUGAAGGGGAAGGAAAACUCUGGACUUUAUUGAAGCUUUUAACUUUACCGCAGAUAUUUGUCGAUUUAGGGUGUGUGGCAGCUUUGCAUACGAAGAGACUUAAAAUCAAUGUUCGUCCUUCUGUAUUGCAUUGGAAUUAGGUCUGAACUUUGACUAGGCCAUUCUAACACUCAUACACAUUAAUUUAAUCUAACCCUUUUCAAUGUAGCUCUGGUUGCACUUUGGCUAGAAGGUGAACCUCUGCCACGGCCUUCAGCGUUCUGCAGCCUCCAACAGGUUUUCCUUCAGUGUUGACCAGCAUCACGGUCCCUGCUGAGGAAAAGAGUCUCCACAGCACGAUGCUGCCACAGCCAUGUUUCUCUGUGAAGAUGGUUUGUUACCAGGAGAGACACAGUCUUGGCUUUCAUCCACACAUUGUGCUUUGUGUAAAGGCCAGAAAGUUUAACAUUGGUCUAGUUUUGUUAAACAACCAUCUUCUAUAGGUUUGCUGUUACUUCAAAUGGGACUACUUGUGCCUAUUUCUCAAUGACUUUCUUCUUAUCGGUCUUCCAUUAAGCUCAGAUUUGUGGAGUGUGUGAUAGUUGUUGUGUUGACAGAUUCUCCCACCUGAGUUGUGGAUCUCUGCAGCCCCUCCAGAGAUUUAUACUGCUUAUCUGAUUAAUGUUCUCCUUUCCUGGUCUGUUAGUUUAGGUGGAUGGAUAAAAGGGAAGAAAACAAAUGCACUCCACACUUUUCAGCUUUUUAUUUGAGGUCCCCCCCUCGUGCCCCUGUACUGUAAAGUUGUUGGCCUGUAAAUGCAUUGAAGUCUGGUUGUAAUGUGACAAAAUGUGAACAAGUCAGUUUUUCAAGGCACUUGACAUCACUGGGCUACUCUGCUGAACUAUUUAUGGUUUAUGAAUUAUUUCCAUUUGAGGAGAUGUUAGCCUGCACUUUUCUUCACAGACCUCUCUAGUGUUCGCACAAUAAAAUAAGAAUGUUUUUUUUUUUUUAAUUAUUGUUUUCAGCCUGAUCUCUGAUGGCUGAUCAGAUUUAUAGAGGAUCUCAUGAACACCAGGAUGUUUCUAAAAGAAGCUGAUUGGUUAAUCGACAUCCUUAAGGAUGACUCGUCUCGUUUUGGACAGAGCGCAGAGAGGGGAACGUGUUUCAGGUUAACCACAACCUGAGUUCUCAGCUGUUUUAUAUUUGACUCAUCUGCAGGGAUGCUCUGCAUUUUUACCCAUAACUCAUGCUUGUUUUUUUUAAACAGACAUGUUAAACGACCAAUGUUAUAUCUUUUUACUUAUAGUCAAUUUUAAUAAUAACACUGCAAAAGUAUGUAUUUUAUGGAAAUAAGCAACAAAAAACGGCAAAUAAGUGAUUCUAAUGUGAAAUCCAGAAACAAAAUUUACCAUUCUGCCUCUCUGAUUUUGUUUUGAAAUUAGAGAGAUAGUUUUGUGUUUAUCUGUCUUUGGAUGAAGGCCUUAUGUAUUUUCCCUACAUGGACCCCAGAGAGGAGCGAUUAAAAGAUCAAUUUAUUUCUCAUCA